AUGGCGAGCCCCAACUCGGUUGACUUCAAGUUAUACCGAUAUACUCCAUCCACCUCAGCAGCGGCAGUAUUCGUGGCCUUGUUUAGUCUUAUGACGCUUUGUCAUCUCUUUCAGUUGCUUCGGAGUCGAUCGUGGUAUUUUCUGUCCUUUCUGACCGGCGGGAUCUUUGAGAUUAUUGGUUAUGUCUGCCGGAUCCUAGCUCACAACAAUAAAGAAUCGGUUCCGAUAUACAGCGUCAUGACCAUCUUGAUUCUUCUCGCUCCACCGCUUUUUGCAGUAUCGAUCUACAUGGUUUUGAGUCGAUUAAUCAUUCACCUACGAGCAGAAGAGCUCAGCGCUGUUUCUGUGAAGUGGAUGCCGAAGAUCUUUGUGGUUGGCGACGUUGUGGGAUUUGUAGCCCAAGCAGCAGGUGGCGGUAUCAUGGCCAGCGGCUCGGUUAGCUCCUACAAUCUGGGAGAACACAUAACAGUUGCUGGUUUGGCUGUCCAGUUGCUGUUUUUCGCUAUUUUCAUGGUCACCUGUGCCUUGUUUCAUUACCGCCUUCGAAGAUGCCCAACUGCAAAGGUGAUUCAAGUUAAAAGCGAUAAAAAUGGGAAGGCUUUCCGGACAUGGGAAUCUUUGCUAGUAGGCUUAUAUAUAUCUAGCCUUCUCAUUCUUGUGCGAUCAGUGUUCCGUUUGAUUGAAUUCGCACAGGGCAACGAUGGAUACCUUAUCAGUCACGAAGUUUUUCUUUAUGUUUUCGAUGCAACUCUGAUGUUUCUAGCUAUGGCUGCUAUGGCUGCAUUUCACCCUUCGUCGAUCUUGAUUGAUUCACGUGAAGACCAACCAGGAGCCGAAUUACUCACUCGUUCUGCUUGA